AAUCUUUGCCCCAGGAAGUGUUUGCCUAAAUUAGAUGGGUCUUGAUUCUGUACACUGGUAUAGCAUUAUGCCAAUUCCGGCCGUUUGGUGCAUGGUAUUCAUUGUCAGCUUGGUCCUUUGGAGACUUCAGUGGCAAAUGCAAGAUUCAUCUGUGUGGAGUUUUGUGCCAGUGUGGCCAGGAGAAUAAUUCAGCUCUGUCUGCCUGCACUUGACUGAACGUUUCCGCUACCUCCACUUUACAAAGUGUGUCCUGGGUGCCCAUACCAGAUUAAGCUGCUUUUCCGUGGCCAUUCUUCAUUCUUUCUACUGCUGCCCAGCCUCAGCUUUUGCCACUGAGCUGCUUUCCAUCCUGGGCAGAGCUGAUGCUUUAAAGAGAACUAUGCCUGCCAAGUUUCGUCUAGCCCUCAUCCAGCUUCGUGUGUCUGCUGCCAAAACAGAGAACCUGAACCGAGCCUGUGAUCUUGUGAAGUCUGCAGCAGGACAAGGAGCAAAACUGGUGGUUCUGCCAGAAUGCUUCAAUUCUCCCUAUGGCACAAAGUAUUUUCCAGAAUAUGCAGAGAAAAUUCCUGGCGAGUCCACACAGAAGCUUUCAGAAAUUGCAAAAGAGUGUGGUAUCUAUCUAAUUGGAGGUUCUAUUCCAGAGGAGGAUGCUGGGAAGCUGUAUAACACAUGUCCCGUUUUUGGGCCAGAUGGUACUAUGUUAGCCAAGCACAGAAAGAUCCAUUUGUUUGACAUCAACGUGCCUGGGAAAAUCCAGUUUCAGGAAUCCGAAACACUAAGUCCUGGUGACAGGUUCUCUGUGUUCGAUACACCAUAUUGCAAGAUAGGACUUGGGAUCUGCUAUGACAUCCGUUUUGCUGAGCUUGCUCAAAUCUACACACAGAAAGGUUGCCAGCUCUUGGUGUAUCCAGGGGCUUUUAACUUGACAACUGGGCCAGCCCACUGGGAAUUGCUACAGAGAGGACGAGCUGUUGAUAACCAAGUCUAUGUGGCAACUGCAUCUCCUGCAAGGGAUGAGAAGGCAUCUUAUAUAGCCUGGGGACACAGCACUGUAGUAAAUCCGUGGGGGGAGGUCAUAGCCAAAGCUGCCAUGGAGGAAACUGUUAUCUAUGCUGAUAUAGACCUAAAGAAGCUUGCAGAAGUUCGUCAGCAAAUCCCUAUUCUUUCCCAAAAACGAUCUGACCUUUAUGCUGUAGAAGUAAAAACUGUGUGAUGUAUGAGGCUUGGACCAGUGCAAACAAAACCUACAUUUCCCCAUAUCUUCAGUCAAAUCAAGUAAAAAAACUGAAGUGUCCGUAGGAUUAAAAAAAGCUAGUAGGGAUAAGAAACCAAAUGUAUAAAUAAAAAUGUCUGUGUAAGA